AUGAGUGAUACCAACUCCGCUUCAUCUUCAAAGAAAACAAAUAGCGUUAGAUUUUUGACAGUUGGCACCCAAUCAAAUUUAAAAAGACAUAGCAAGGACGAAGUUUCCCUGUCUCAAGAUUUAGCUGGAGAACAAACAUGUAAUAGAAGAAAUACAAUAGAUGCUUCAUCCGAUAUUUCCAAGAGUGCUGACACGGUCAUGUCAAACGCCUCAGCAACUUUUGACAUUUUGAAUGUUUUGGAAGAGAUGAUUGUCCAUCCAAGUGGACAUUCUGUUCUCAGAUUGAGUGAAAAACACAGAGUACUCCUCAUUGUCAUUAAAUGGUUCGGCUGUCCCAUGUGUCAACAUGUCAUCACAUCAAUUAGUAAUUAUUUGAGCAGUUUCUUAAUGAUGAACGUUGUUCCAGUGAUUUGCCAUCAAGAAAACAAUGAAAAGUGCGUAAAAUCAAUGAAAGGAACCAAUCUCUUGCAUUGUAAAAUCUCAAACUCUAUCAAACAUGGUUUAUUAAUGGUUCCAAAGGCAAGUUUAGUGAGACAUGCAUUGGCACUUCCAACCAUUCUGAAAUUCAUGUUUAAGGAAGAUAAGAAAUUGAGAUUACCUUCAUUGAAAGAUAUUAGACAUAUGGAUAUGUUUUCAUUGUUUACAAUGCAUAUUAUUAGUCAUGGUUCAUUCGAAACUAGUUAUUUCUAUAAGGAUUUAUCUGAAAGACCUGAUUAUGGUAAAUUUAUUUUCAAUUUGGGAAAGGCCAGUUCAGAGACGAGCAAUUUGGUUUCAGAAGUAGAACAAUCACCAGAUCAAUAUUUGAAUGAUUUGAAGAAAUUAUUCCCUGACAUGUUUUUCAUUUUCCAAACUGCUAGAAAAACCAGAUCCAUUCUCAAUAUCGAACAAACUCUCCAGCAGGAAGAAGUGGAGGAGGGAAGAGUGAGUAUUGCCUCUGUUGGAUCAGAUAAGUUGACUGUACAGGAAGUUUUGGAAAAUUCUACAAUGAGAAGAUACUUUAAAGCCUAUCUCUCUAAUAUUUUCAGUUUGGAAUUGGCAAUAUUUAUUGAAGAAAUAGCUCAGUACAAGAUUUUAUGUAAGGCCUGUAAGAAAUUCACCUACAAUUCCGAUCUGAUUAAGAAAUCAGGAUCAAAUCUUGCUGUGGAUGAAUCGUGCGAUAUUACCAUCUUCAUUCCGCCUUCAGAAAUUAUCAUUCCAGAACAUCAUGUCAAGGCCUCGUAUAUUUUCGAUACCUUUUUAGAGGAUAAUGCUGUGUUUGAGGUGAAUACCAGUAAAAAGCUAAUUAAUGCAGCAAAGAAGAGAAUAGAGGAAGAAGGAUAUGUGGAAGAUUUGUUCGAUUCUUUGGAGAAGGAUGUGAUUAGUACAAUGGUGUUUCCUCUCUAUUUACAAUUCGAAAGCUCUGAGCUCUGUAAGGAAAUGCUUGCAAAUGUACAAUCUGUGAAAACUACUCAACAACCAUAA